AUGUAUCUGCUCGUGUACUUGACAAGUGUCUGGGUCCAGCCUUUAAACGAGACGCUACUGCCAAAAUUACGCACUGUUGUGGAUGAAAUCAAUGCAGAAUUCCAUCACGAGAAAAAGCUGAUUGAAUUGAUACAAAUUCAUCGAAGUAGCGACGGAGACAGGACCAGCGACGUCAAAAUACAGCGACUUGAACCAUUAAUGUUCCGGUUGCUGUGUAAACAAUUUCAAGUGAUGGAUGUGCCGGCGUGUGUUUUGUUGGACGCUAAAGGACAAGCACUGAUGAAAGAAUCGCUGCAAUGUCUGGAGGAUCAACGUGAGGAUGAUACAGCAUUGACGUCUUUAGCUGACUUGAAAUUGUCGUGGAAAGUGUUUGAAGAGAUCUUGAAGGAAAAGAGUGUCUCGACUGGUGCUUGGAACACUCUGUAUCCGUUGUGGCAAGCUAAUGUGACUGCAGUACGAUCCACCAUUUCAAAAGUGCUCGAGGUUAAUGAUAUCGCUCUUGUCAAAAUGCGACAAGAAGCUUUGGAGCUGUUUGAAACGGGAGACUUCCUAUCAGCAGCGUCAAGAUUCGUGAACGUUUUAAUGCGCUGUCCAACAUGCACAAAGUCCAGCUUUAACCUCGCCGUGAUUCUUCAUACGAUUGGUGAAACAUAUUUUGCUGUGGCUCACAUGUUGCGCGUCGUGGCCAUCGACGACAGUGACUCCGUAGCGCACACAGUUCUUCGAUCCGUUUACUAUCCGAAAGAACCCGACCUCGUAGUUGCUGGCUAUCAAUUAAUCAUCUCAGCGAAUCGCGAUAGCCAUGUCCGAGCAGCCCAUUCGCUUGCAACACUGGAGGGAGCCACGACUAGUAGGACUGCUGCCCCUGCCUAUGUUGCAGAGGUCUUCGAUGAGCUUGCAGAUUGUUUUGAGGAGAAACUUGUGGCACAUCUGGAAUACCGUGUACCUUGGCAACUUGUCGAGGCUUUGCAGAUCCUAUCGCCACCCGGAUUUAUCUCCCAAGACUCGACUACCGAUCCCACAUGGGUUGUGGCGGAUGUCGGUUGUGGCACCGGCCUUUGUGGUCGCCUCCUUCGUCCACAUGUGAAACAUAUCAUUGGGGUGGACAUUUCGCCGUUGAUGAUCGAGAAGACACGUGCAAAGGGCAGUUACGACGAGCUUCAUACCAUUGAUAUCGUACCAUUCCUGGAGUCUUGCGCUAAUGAAUCGCUGGAUCUAGUCAUCUCCGCGGACGUAUGGAUUUACGUGGGGGCGUUGGAGCAAGUAUUUGAGCUGAGCAAACGCAAGCUUCGUGUCUCCACGGGCUGGAUGGUCUUUUCGAUCGAAUUAUUAACUCCCAGAGCCACCAAGAGCUCGACUGGAUUUCGGUUGGCUCCAUCUGGCCGGUUCCAACACUCGCACGAUUACAUUGCGUCUCUCGCAACUCGGUCUGGUUUCACCAUUGUUCUACAGGAAGAUAUUAAUGUGCGCAAGGAGAGUGCUGAGCCCAUUCCAGGUCGUAUCUAUAUCCUUCAACGAGCUGUGGCGCCACAGACUGAGCGACCGAGUUAA